UUCUUCGCAUCUGAUCCCCAAGACGCUGUUCGCCGCCAUGAGCAUUGGUACAACCUCGUUGGCGCUGGUGGACCACACGAGCCGGUUCCUGUCGACAUCCCUUGGCAGGGACAAGGCCAAUCGAUUUGUCCAGUUCUUUUCCAAGUUUAUCGCCUGGUAUUUGUCCAAAGUCGGCGGCAACCCAGACACCAUCAAGCGCCUCAGCGCUCUGUCGGCGACGCUGUCGCAGAGCCGUAAACUGAUGGCAGUGGGUCGUCAACUCGAGUUCCUUUCUGCCAUAUCCAAGAGCCGCGCGAUCAAUGAUCCGUUUCUGCGCUACGCUACCAUUCUCAAGAGCGUUGCUUUGAUGGGCUGGCUCUCGUUCGAUACGAUCCAGUGGAUUCAUGGGGCAGGCGUGUUGCAGCACCCGGACAUCAAACUAGUCAGCGACCGCGCCAUGAAGUGGUGGCUCGCCUCGCUGGUUGUUUCUCUUGCUGGAAGCCUCUAUCGUUUCCGGAUCAACUCGAACAAGCUGGCUCUGGAGACCAGCAGCGAAAAGUCGGCGUCGGAUGGCGCCAACGUCAAGGCCCUGUAUCGCGAUCGAGCCUCAAUCACCCUCGCCAUCGCGCAAGAUGCCUUUGACAUCUUGAUCCCCUGCAGCGCCCUCCAGUACACGUCGCUGGAUCAGGGCUAUGUUGCUGCCGCCGGAACCAUCACGUCCCUCAUUGGUGCAUAUGUCCAGUGGCGCAACGUGCAGUGAUCCAGCCGGCUCGACCCGGUGCUGGCUCGAGCCAACUUCCGCAAAAGGCAGCAUUGCGUCCCAUGUGCAGGAUCGCUUGCCCAACUCUGUCUUGCUU